GGGGCAUUCCGGCGGAGUGACCAGCGGCGGCGGCGGGCGGAGCGCAUCGGCGAUGGACCCUCCAACUCGUCCUUCUGUCUCCGGCCCAAGGACUCGAGCCCGCCCGCCGCCGCCGGAGGCGCUGCCCACCGUCGGCUUCGAAGAGGAGGUGUACGACUGCCUGGAUUACUACUACCUGCGUGACUUCCCGGCCUCUGGGGCUGGACGCAGCAAGGGCCGGACGCGGCGCGAGCAGCAGCUACGCACCAACUACCCGGUGCCCGGCGGCCACGAGCGCAAGGUGGCGCAGAUACUGCUCAACGGGCAGCGCAAGCGGCGCCAGCGCCAGCUGCAACCGCGGCCGCGCACACGCCUGGCCUGAGCACACGCCACGCUUGAGCGGGAACCUGAGACAGGAGGAUCUUGAGUUGGAGUCCUGCCUGGGCAUUAUUGAAACCUGAAAGACCUGUUAAAAACUCUUUUCCAGCUGUAACCAAGAUCCUCCGUGCUGGUCACCUGGACUUUUUGACAGGGUUUUAAGUUUACUGCUCUAGUGUUUUUCCUCACUAAUUAAUUGUUAACUCCAGUUACUGUGGAGGUAACUGGUCUCCAGUUCACAACUCUCUGGGCUCUGACAUAUAAAGAGGCGAUCACAAGCUCAGGAGAUUAUUUUCACAACAGAAAGGAAACUAGAACAAACACGGUGUGAGUAACACGCAGAGAUCACCCAGGAGUAAACCAAGUGACCUGGUCCUAGCAAUUAUGCUCCUGUUGUCAGGGCAACAGUGAUGAUUUCAUGUUCAGUUAUACCUAGGGUUUAUCUUUGGGGUAUGAUAAAAAGUAUGCUUAAGCC